AUGUUGAAUAUUUUUAAUGUCAAGUCACUCAAAUUGUUUCAAUUCUAACGACAAACAAUAAAAGCCCAACCGUGUUUUAAAUAUAAAUACAAAUCUAGUUAAGGAUUAUCGCUGUAUCCUUACUAUUUGAAGUUCAAAUCAUACAUUACCGUUGCAAUGGUAGAAUGUUCGUUGUGCUCGCUAUUGAAUUUUCUUUUCAAUUGCAUCUAUCAUGUGAUCUCCUGCGCACUGGAUUAUCCACUGGUGGUGAUAGCGCUCAGUUUCAUAAUAGCGCUGGUUUUCGUAACAAAUAUCUAUACGGCAAAAUUGAUUUGUGAUUUUCGUUGUCCGAUACGUGUUAGCUCGGCGGGCGUAGGCAAUUGUAGUGGUGGGAGUGGCGGUAUUGGUGGUGGGUUUGGCUCAACGCAAUACGACUAUGGUCCGGAUAAUGGUCCACACAAUUGGCGUUGCUCGGAUGCUAACCAAUCACCUAUAAAUAUUAUUGAGGAGAAUGUGCAGAAACUUCCCAUACGUGAGUUACUUUGCUGGAAUCACUAUGAUGAUUUACCCAGUGGUAUUAUGUUGGAGAAUAAUGGACAUACAGUUGUGUUGCGCGCCUGCUUCUCUGGCAACACGCCUACGGUAAGUGGCGCUGAUCUGCUCGCCUGUUACACCUUCGUUGAGUUAUGCUUUCGCUGGAGCCUUAUGAGCAACGAUGGCUCGGAGCAUAUGCUGAAUUACCGUAAAUUUCCGCUAGAGCUACAGGCCAUGCAUCGCACCGGCCCCAGCGGUGACUGCACAUCGAGCUAUGACAUACUCAUGAUUGGCUACUUCUUCGAAAUCUCAUCGAACAAUCCCUACUUGGAUCCGGUUGUACAAAAUUUACAACGUAUACAGAAGCCAGGUUCCAAAAUUGAGAUCCCGCCAUUUCCACUUUCCUAUCUGCUAUAUCAAUUUCGUACUGGUUUCUACAGUUACGGCGGUUCGCUAACAGAGCCGCCUUGUUAUCAGGGUGCAGAAUGGUUUUUAUUUCCGGAGCCCUUAGCAAUAAGCGAACGACAAUUGAGCGAGUUUCGUCAGUUGCUUUCGAAAGACGGCAAGACACGUAUAUUGCGCAACUCUCGGCCCGUCCAAAACAUUAAUUGUACACGUGUGAUUAAUUUAAAUCAAUAUAAUCCCAUUGAUGCUUGUCAGAUGGAGCAAACACGGCCUGCAAGUGAUGUACAGUGUGAGGAGGAGGAAUGUCCGGAAUAGAGCAAUUGCCCCGCACGGGAGAUGAGUAGUUCAAAGCUAUUAUCACUUUUUCUAUUUCCUAUAUUUGUAAAUUUAUUUUACAAAUUAAACAGAAAAAUAUAUACAUCCAUGUGCAUAUGUAUAUAUAGAAGUAUAGUUUUGUAUAAA